AUGAAGAACUCACGGCCACCCACCGCCACCGCCACCUCAAGUAGCUGGAUUGCUGUCGUGGUUGUUAUGGUUGUUAUCAUGGCUGCAGCAAAUAGUGAAUGUUCAAGUGUAACACCACAAGCAACCAUCACUACUGAUUCUAACAAGCCCCAAGUUAGCAAUUAUUAUGCGUUUCCUCCAAGCCGGCCUCGUCUCCUCCUUCGACCUCAAAUGCACCACCACCCACCACAGAGGCCACUUCCACCACCACCACCACCACCACCAUGUAGCAACGGUGAUGAUGAUAUCGACCCAAGAUAUGGCGUUGAGAAGCGACUCGUCCCAAGUGGACCGAAUCCCUUGCACAAUUGA